AUGUUUGCUGCUGCAACCAAAAACUUUGUUAAACAGGUUGGUGAUGGAGGAAGACUAGUUCCAGUGCCCAGUCUCAGUGAAGCUGAUAAAUACCAACCUCUGAGCCUUGUGAUUAAGAAAAGAAAGUGCCUGCUUUCAAAAAAGUCUAAAUUUGCUUCAACACCAUUCACAUUAAAAGACAUUCUUCAAGGGGAGAAAGAAAUUUCUGCAGGUAUCUCGUCUUACCAGUUGCUCAACUAUGAAGACAAAUCAGAUGUUUCACUUAAUGGUAGAAGAGGAAAUCAGAUAAUGAAUGACGUUGGUUUUGAUGUUGCUGGAUCAGAUUCUGUUGCCUUUAAAGCUUCAUUUGGCAUAGUGACCAAACAUGAGGUUGAAGUACCAACAUUACUUAGAGAACUUACAACGAGAAAAAUAAACUUUGAUCAUUGUCUAGUCCAUCAAUCAAGAAAAAGUAGGAUGGAAAUUUUGUGCGUGGUCAUGGAAAGUAUUAGAACUACAAGGCAGUGCUCAUUAACUGUCCAUACCGGAAUGCGCGGAGAGACAAUGAGGUUUCACAUUAUUGAAGAUCAGAAUUCUAAAGGGCGGGACAAAGUCAUUGUUUUUCCUGCACAUACAACUAUUGCUUUUAGUGUCUUUGAACUUUACAUUCAUUUGGAUGGUAAUUUUGAACUCUGUGUGACUCCAAUUUCAAAAGGAGGAUUUGAAAAAGAGAAAUCUGGGUCAUCUUCACUGAUCAAAUUAAGGAGGUUAAAGAGUAAUCUGUUUCAUCGAAAUAAAAGAGUAGUGGAUACCAUUGCUAACUCUGAUGCUUACUUGGAGGACCUUUUCACAGAUUAUUAUGAAAAAGCUGCGAGCAUGACUGACCUCUCUACAAGCUAUCUGAGAGAAGGGUCUCAUAUACGAAUUAAUUUACUUAAUAACAACAUCCCCAAAGGUCCCUGCGUCCUUUGUGGACUGGGAAGUUCUAAAAGGGAGACAGUCUACGGAUGCUUAGAAUGCACUUUUAAUGGACAAAAGUAUGUACGACUGCACGCUGUCCCUUGUUUUGACCUCUGGCAUAAGAGAGUAAAGUAACUGAGCUAGGUAGGUGCCUUUUAUCACAGACAUGGCCAUAACUGUGCCACAAACUUUUCAGAAUUAGUAAAUAUGACUCAAAUUGUUAAAGUGUAAAAAUAGUGAA